UUAUAUGACUUUCUUCCCUUUUUAUCUCUUUGUUCCAGAACCUGCAGCAAUGUCUACGAUUCAUGAAAUCCUAGGCAAGCUAAAACUGGAAGGAAACGUAAGUAACAUGCCGCACAGUCAUGCUCUUGGUACUGUCAGGCCGUCCACCAACUUUGAUGCAGAGAAAGAUGCUGCAGCCCUGGAAACUGCCAUUAAGACUAAAGGUGUAGAUGAACUAACAAUCAUCAGCAUUCUAACAAACCGGACCAGUGAUCAGAGACAGGACAUCGCAUUUGCCUACCAAAGGAGGACCAAGAAGGAUCUCCCCUCCGCACUGAAAGGUGCCCUCUCUGGACAUCUGGAGACUCUGAUCCUUGGACUGAUGAAGACACCGUCUCAGUAUGAUGCUUCAGAACUGAAAUCUUCAAUGAAGGGCUUGGGUACAGAUGAAGACACACUCAUUGAAAUUAUCUGCUCUCGAGAUAACAAUGAACUACACGCAAUCCAGGCUGCAUACCGAGAGUUAUACAAGACCGACUUGGAGAAAGACAUUGUUUCUGACACAUCAGGGGACUUCAGGAAGCUGAUGGUGGCACUUGCUAAGGGCAAAAGGCAAGAGGAGAGUUCAGUGGUGGAUUAUGAAAAGAUUGACCAGGAUGCCAGGGAACUAUACGAGGCUGGAGUAAAGAGAAAGGGAACCGAUAUAAGCAAGUGGGUUACAAUCAUGACAGAAAGAAGCAUUCCUCAUCUACAGAAAGUGUUUGAGAGGUACAAGAGCUACAGUCCAUAUGACAUGCAGGAGAGCAUAAAGAAAGAAGUGAAAGGCGACCUGGAGAAUGCAUUCAUUAAUCUUGUGCAGUGUAUUCAGAACAAGCCUCUGUAUUUCGCUGACAGGCUGCACGACUCAAUGAAGGGCAAAGGCACCAAAGAUAAAAUCUUGAUCCGGAAUAUGGUGUCCCGCAGUGAGGUAGAUCUGCUUAAAAUCAAGUCCGAAUUUAAGAAGAAAUAUGGCAAAUCUUUGUCCUACUUCAUUUCACAAGACACAAAAGGAGACUAUCAACGUGCCUUGCUAAACCUGUGUGGUGGAGAUGAUUGAGCUACGUAUUAUUCCUGCUCCCCCCGAUUGUAAGAUGCCUUACUGCUUAUCCUGACCAUAGUCUGCCCCGAGAUCCCUCCGACCUUCUAUCCCCAUGUUGCCUGGCUGCUCCUCUCCAGUGUACUGACCAAAUACACCGCUACUAUCUAAAUAUAUGUAUAUUUUUUU